AAAUUUAUAUAAUUUCAUUUCAGCAAAAUCUAUAUUGAAGAGAACGUACAUUUAUUCGACGAAAGUCAAAUUGUGUGUAAAAAAUCGGGUAUAGACUACAGUAGAAACGCAAUAGAGAGUUGGGGUUAGCGCGCACUUAGGAGGGUGAAGAAAGAAGGAUCACAAUAAGAGGGGGUGUAUGUGUAUAUGUAUAUAUGGAGACAUAUAUUAAGCUACAUUUGCUUGUGAACUUUUUCUUUGAGGGGACAGGGGACAUUUGCUUGUGAACUUUGUAACAAUAUAAUAUAAUUUUUAUAUUGGAGAGAGAAAAGAGAGAAGAAAUGGAGAGAGGUAUGGGUGGAGUGUACGGCGGCGGAGAUGGAGGAGGAUUUCCAUACCAUCAUCAUCAUCCUCAUCAUCAUCAUCAAUCAUUGGAAGGAGGAGUUCUACUGUCAAGGGAUCCAAAGCCAAGACUACGAUGGACUCCUGAUCUUCAUGAACGUUUUGUUGAUGCUGUUACCAAGCUUGGUGGUCCUGACAAAGCGACGCCGAAAUCUGUGCUGAAGUUGAUGGGUUUAAAAGGGUUGACAUUGUAUCAUUUGAAGAGCCAUCUACAGAAGUAUAGGCUAGGACAAUUAUCCAAGAAGCAAAGUGGUUCUCAAGUGAAGACAGAUUCCACUAGUCUGAAAAGUUCAUACUCAAGAUACAACCUUCAUUGCUCUGAGGCAAGUACUAGUGGUACUGGCACCGGUUCAUCAAGUGAUAAUUAUGAUUUAGGAGAUAUUCCCAUCACAGAGGCACUAAGGUGUCAGCUUGAGAUACAGAACAAAUUACAGGAUCAGUUACAGGUUCAACAGAGACUACAGUCAAGGAUAGAGGCACAAGGAAAGUACUUACAAGCCAUAUUAUGCAAAGCACAAGAAGGCAUUUCUGUUGAUAUGUGCUGCCCUAGUAGUAGUAAUAGUUGUAAUAAUAACAAGAAUAAUUUAGAUAAUCAGGAUAGUAUAUUAUAUAGUGGGCAUGUUAAUACUAAGGAGAUGAAAUCAGUUUUUGAUCAGAUCUUCCCUGAUCAUCGUCAUUCCGAAGGUGAUCAACAAGAUCAUAAAGGAGAUCUGUUAAAGAUUAAGCAUGAAGCUGCAUCAUCAGGAGAUUAUUGUUCCUUGCAAUUAAAUUUAAACAAUGGUGGUACUAAUAACCCUAGCUAUGACUUUGGUGGUGCACAUGGAGCUGAAGUUGAAGCCAAAUUGGUUGCUUACAGAAGAUAGUAGAAAUUUGACCACAGUUUUAGCUUCCUAACAUAAGUACUUUGUUAAUGACUUCCCCAAUUUCUUAAAAACUUGUUGAUGAUGUAUAUGUCCUUAUGAACAAUCACAAAAGUGAUCCUGAAUUUUUACAACAAUACAAAUAGAUAUAGUUUUUCUGUGA